AUGGCUCAACCCACAUCUGAGUCUACAAUCAAUCCAACCACCAGGAAAACACUAAAACUCCUCAUCGCGGGCGCUGGACUUGCCGGCCUCACAGCAGCCUACGUGCUCGCAUCUCGUGGCCACCAUGUCCUCCUAUACGAUGCGCGCCGCUCAGCGCCCUCCACAGGCGGUGGAAUCAUGAUCCGGCCAAACGGCUCGAGGCUCUUCACAGCUUGGGGUUUAGGAUCCUACUUCGCUCCCAUCUGCGACGAAAGCCCGUCUACGGCAUUUUAUAACCUUGAAACCGGCGCUGGUGGUGAGAGGCGGCAGGCGGUGGACGUCAGUCCGUGGCCCGACUGGGGACUCAAUCGGCGACAGGCUUGGAAUGUUCUUCACGAAGCUGCGACUCGUGUAGGGGUUCAAAUCAAAUGGGGGACGGCCAUCGAUGGUUUCAUGGCUCGAGGUGAUGGCGUGCGAGUUCGGCUACACGGCGCACGGAUGGAGGAUGUCGAUCUCGUACUUGACGCUACUGGUGCGCACAGCAAGUUGCGGCCUGCGGUGCUGGGCAUACCUCGCGACCAAGCGGCCACGUGCAAUCCACGAAUUGUGCAGGGGACUGCUUAUUCGGUUUCGGUGAAAGCCGCCCAGAUCGCUUCCCACCCAGAUGCUCGCAAUCUGCUCUCAGAGACUACGCUGAAGGUAUGGAUGGGCGGUAAAGAUCGAUACGUAGUGCAGCGCCACCACGAAAAGAACGGCGAAGUAUCUCUCCUCUGUUUCAUCAGCGACGACGAAACACAGGAUAUGAAAGGCUUCUGGGACGAAGACGGAGACAUCGAGCACCUUCGCUCCCUUGUCAGAGGACGCAUGGCACCGGCGCUGUGGGCUUGUCUCGAGACGGCCGAUCAUUGUGCUCGCUGGAAGUUCUGCGAGAUGCCCGGUCUCGAUCAUUGGGUCGGCAAGAAUGGUAGGAUUGCUCUGCUCGGUGACAGCGCACAUGCUAUGAUCCCAAACGCGGCCCAAGGCUUCACGCAGAUCGUCGAAGACAUUGGCGUCCUGGACUACUUGCUCCACGAACGACAACCUGAGCUUCCGGUGACGGAAGUGAUGAGACUCUGGGAACUAAUCCGCAUUCCACGAGUGAAUCUCGUCAAGGAUUUCGCGCGAUGGAACACAGAUGCGUUCACCGGUACUACGCCGCCGUCCGAAUGGGCGCGGAAUGAGCAGGCAAAGACGGUAGAGGUGUCGUUGAAGAACGUGAAGCCGGAUUCACAGGCGAAGUUCCGGUCGGGUGCUUUCCUGAAAUGGGUCAUGGACUAUGAUGCUGUUAGCGAGGCGAGGAGGUAUGUCGAUGCGAGACAGGCGAGCAGACCGCGGUUGUGA